CUUUUUGGUUCUUCAUCUUUAAAAAAAUAAAACAUAAUACAUUUUCAUCUUAAUUUAUGAGGCUGUGAUUGCAAGUUAAUGGGUUGGUCUAGUUUGUGGUUCAUCUAUCUGAAUUACUCCAACCCUUUUCUAUGGUGUGUUUCUCUCUGCUGCCUAAAACCCAUCUUCUCUAAAAGCUAAAAAUUCUCUCUUAUCCCAAUUUCUUUAUUCAUCCCAUCUUUGCAUGUCACUAGAAUACGAACUGGGUUUCAGUUUCUGAGUGUUGAUUUUGGAUUUUUCUGUUGUGGGUUCAUCUUGGAACAUGCAAACGUUUGUGUUUGAUUGGGAAAGACGUUUUCUUUUUGCAUGUUCUUGAUAAUAUAAUGGAGGAAAUGCAAGAUGUGAAAACAGUAAGUUCGAUUUUCAUUCUUCAUGUUGCUAAUAUAGGUUGACUAAUAGUCAAUGGAAGGUUCUUCAGAUUCUAAUUGGCAGAGGUCGGAAACUACUAGAGGAAUUUUCAAUUCCUCAUUUCCUAGGUUAUUAUCUGUUGAUCCUCCAUCGGAGAAGAAAGAAACAGAUUACAGUGGUUUCGACAGAGCAAGUCUUGGUCUGUCUGGAGUUAGCGUUGUUGAGAAGACAGCAGAAUGGAACAAUGAUGUUAGCUUAAGACAAUGGCUAGACAACCCAGAAAGAAGAGUGGAUUCGUUUGAAUGUUUACCCAUCUUCAUACAAGUUGUAGAGAUAGUUAACCUAGCUCAUAAACAAGGAAUUGUGGUUCAUAAUGUUCGUCCUUCUUGCUUUAUCAUGUCUACUUUUAACAGGGUAUCCUUCAUCGAAUCCACUUCAUGUUCUGAUUCUGGUUCGGAUUCAAUCGAUGAUGUUGCUGAAUUGAAAGGAUCAUCUUCUUUUCAAUUGCCAGUUGCUGAUAACUCCAAUUUCCAUUUUCCAAUGAAGCAGUUAUUGAUUAUGGAAACUAAUUGGUACACUAGUCCAGAAGAGGCUAAUGGGGAUUCGAGUUCUUGUGCUUCUGAUAUCUAUCGGCUUGGUGUUCUUCUCUUUGAGUUAUUCUGCGUGUUUCAUAACACCGAAGAGAAGAGUUCGACGAUGAACAGUUUAAGACAUCGCGUUCUUCCGCCUCAAUUGCUGUUGAAAUGGCCAAAAGAGGCAUCCUUUUGUCUAUGGUUAUUACAUCCCGAUCCCAACUGUCGCCCGAAAAUGGGCGAGUUGCUACGAAGUGAAUUUCUGAACCAACCAAGGGACAAUAUGGAUGAACGAAAGGCAGCGAUUGAACUUCCAGAGAAAAUAGAAGAGCAAGAGCUAUUGCUCGAGUUUCUUCUUUUACUACAACAAAGAAAACAAGAAGUAGCUGAUAGUUUACAGGAUGCCAUUUCCUUUAUAUCUUCUGAUAUAGAAGAAGUCACGAAACAGCAAACAGCUAUCUCUCGAAAAGGCAGUCAGCAGGAACUCGGAAAAGAAUCUACAUCAGGCCUUGUAUCAACUGAUUUUACUGAAAACAAUGAUUCCGGUUGUUCAGGCUCUAGAAAAAGGUGUCGACAACAGAACAUUCAGUUAUCAAACUCAGGCGAGCCAUUUAACAAUGAUAACAAUAUUACCCGAAAUUCAAAACUGGCGAAGAAUUUCAAGAAACUAGAGGCGGCUUAUUUUGUAACAAGACGAAGGGUUGUGAUGAAACAGCAGCCUAUUGGGAGGUCGGUUACUAGAAACUCUCCGAUAAACAGCGGUGGUCGAGGGUCAAUUGUCGUGAGUGAGAGGAGUUCUGUCAACAAUAUAUUACCCAUGGCAAGACAAAGUGGAUGGAUAAAUUUGUUUCUCGAGGGUUUGUGCAAGUAUCUCUCUUUCGAUAAAUUGAAAGUGAAAGCAGAUAUGAAGCAAGGCGACCUUUUGAAUUCUUCCAACUUGGUAUGCUCUCUUAGUUUCGAUCGUGAUGGAGAGUUUUUUGCAACAGCUGGGAUUAACAAGAAGAUCAAAAUAUUCGAAUACGACUCAAUUCUUAACGAGCAUCGUGAUAUUCAUUAUCCGGUUGCUGAAUUAUCAAGUCAAUCCAAGUUGAGCAGUAUUUGCUGGAAUAGCUAUAUCAAGAGCCAAAUUGCUUCGAGUAAUUUCGAGGGCAUUGUACAGGUAUGGGAUGCGGCGAGAAAUCAAGUGUUUAUGGAAAUGAGAGAACACGAAAGACGCGUUUGGUCAGUCGACUUCUCAUUAUCCGACCCAACAAUGUUGGCAAGUGGAAGCGACGACGGGACAGUUAAGCUAUGGAAUAUCAAUCAGGGAGUGAGCGUUGGAACUAUCAAGACGAAGGCUAACGUAUGUUGUGUUCAGUUUCCAGUUGAUUCUGGACGAACCAUCGCCUUUGGUUCAGCAGAUCAUAGGAUUUAUUAUUAUGAUCUCCGAAAUACAAAAACUCCCCUAUGUACGAUAAUUGGACAUAGCAAAACGGUUAGUUAUGUGAAGUUUGUGGAUUCCACGACUCUUGUUUCUGCUUCCACAGACAACACGUUAAAGCUUUGGGAUCUGUCGAUGUGCACUUCUCGAGUCCUCGAGAAUCCUCUUCAUUCGUUCACAGGUCACACAAAUGUUAAGAAUUUCGUUGGUCUGUCAGUGUCGGAAGGGUAUAUUGCAACAGGUUCCGAAUCAAACGAGGUUUUUAUCUAUCACAAGGCAUUUCCGAUGCCAGCAUUGUCGUUCAAAUUUGGAAAUACGGACUCUGUUGGGGGCGAUGAAGGAGAUGAUGCAGCUCAAUUCAUCUCAUCGGUUUGUUGGCGCGGUCAAUCGCCCACUUUAGUUGCUGCCAAUUCCAUGGGGAAUAUUAAACUUUUAGAAAUGGUAUAAUCUUCCAUUACACUCAGAAUUUUGAGUUUUGUUUGACUUAAAUCUGCUGUUGUAGUUGUCAAACUGUUUAGCCACAAAAUUUCGAUAAAUUUUUUGAUUCGAUUCGGUAGAUAAAAAGCUAAUAAUGG